UGUAGGCUACAGUUGCAACCGGUGUGAGAGAAAAUAUGAGCACAAGACGCCUGCUAUCUCGGACAGCGCUUGAGAUCAGUCAUGGAUGAUUCUGAAAAUCACCUAAUUUUCUCCGACGCGUGGAACUGCUGAAGAAGUGUGCAUUCUAUCAAUAGCACAACAAAAACUACAAUCGGCUUUGUUUUGUUUUCGUCCAUUCUCUUUGUCAAUCUCUUGUUUUGAAAGAAUGUGGUUGAAUCCGGAGGAAGUUUUGCUGAAAAAUGCAUUGAAGCUUUGGGUUACAGAAAAAUCUAACGAAUUCUUCCUUUUGCAGCGCAGAAGAGGGCAUGGGGACACAGGGGGGAAAUUUACAGGUCUUCUGGUGGGAGCUCUGGACUCAGUACUGGACUCCAAUGCCCGGGUCACACCGUUCCGUAUCCUACUACAGAUGCCUGGGUCACAGGUCAGCUGGACUAUAGCUUGUGGUGCUGCUGUCGGAGAGAUGAACAGACAUUGGGACUGGCUGGUACAGAACCUACUCCACUCUCUCUCAGUGUUUGAGAACAAGGAGGAUGUCGCCAGCUUCGUAAAAGGGAAAGUCAAGGGUCUGAUAGCGGAGGAGGUAAGGGGGAGGCAGGCGGCUCAGGAGGAGGAGCCUGAGAAGUUCCGGGAGGCGCUGCUGAAGUUUGAGCUAUGUUUCGGCUUGCCCUCCUCAGAGAAGCUGGUCACCACCUACUCCUGCUGCUGCUGGAAGGGGCGGGUCCCCCGGCAGGGCUGGCUCUACCUCAGCAUCAACCACAUGGCCUUCUACUCCUUCCUGUUGGGAAAGGAAGUGAAGUUUGUGAUCCCGUGGGCGGAGGUGACGAGGCUGGAGCGGUUCUCAACGGGUCUCAUGACGGACAUGGUGCGUGUGAUGACGCGGCGGUGCCAGCGGGACUUCUCCAUGUUCCUGAGCCUGGAUGAGGCGUUUGGGGUCAUUGGUCAGCUGGCUGACAUCGCCCUGCGACGCCUGCUGGACAGUGAAGGCCUGGAGCUGGACCGAGUCCUCCAGCAGUCCUCCAACAUCACCAAGAGGGUUCUGGAGGAGCAGGCGUUAAGGACGUAUGUCCUGGCUCUAUUUCGGCUACCGCGGGGCGAACGUCUUCAGGAGGUGGCGCUGUGUUCAGUGUGGACGCCCCAUGCCCGCUGUCACACGACAGGAACACUCUUCACCACCGACAGCUACCUAUGCUUCGCCAGCCGAGAGGAGGGCCACUGCAGCCUGCUUAUCCCUCUCUCAGAGGUGAUCUCCAUAGAGAAGGCGGAGAGCACCAGCCUGCUGCCCAACCCAGUGAUCGUCAGCGUGAGGAGUAAGAAAGCCUUCCAGCUGAUCGAGCUGCAGGACAGAGACAGCCUGGUGGACAGCCUGACAUCACGCCUCAGAGCCCUGCAGUGGAAACACUCCAUGUUCCGCAGCAGGAAAUCUCUGACCUCCUCGUCUCCCUACUACACCUUCUGCUAUGACACCAUGUACUGUGACGGGGAGGAUAUCGAGGAGAGACCACUACGUCAAACAGUGAACACAGAGGCUCUGAUGGCAUGCUACCAUCACUCUCAACCUGACCCCAACAACAGCACGGCUACCAUGGAGCAGGUGAAAGAGCGUUUGUGGGAGGACCACUUCCCGGAGUACGGUCGAGGCGUCCACAUGUUCCGUACAGAGAAGAUCCAGAAGCUGGUUGCCAUGGGGAUACCAGAGUCGCUACGGGGAGAGCUAUGGAUGACCUUCUCUGAUGCCUCAUCAGAGUUGGCAUCCCACCCAGGCUACUACUCGGGGCUGGUGACAGAGUCUACGGGGCAAAGCAGUCUGGCCACGGAGGAAAUCGAGAGAGACCUGCACCGCUCGCUCCCAGACCACCCCGCCUUCCAGAACGUCAAAGGCAUUGCCGCGUUGCGCCGCGUCCUCACCGCAUAUGCCCACCGCAACCCCAAGAUUGGCUACUGCCAGUCGAUGAAUAUCCUGGCAUCUGUGCUGCUGCUGUACACUAAAGAGGAGGCGGCCUUCUCACUGCUAGUGGCUGUGUGUGAGAGAAUGCUGCCUGACUACUUCAACCGCAGAGUCAUAGGUGCUCAGGUGGACCAGUCAGUGUUUGAGGAGCUGAUCCGGGAUCGUCUUCCCGAGCUGGCCGAGCACAUUCCCGACCUCUCCCCCCUCUCUUCCAUCUCUCUGUCCUGGUUUCUCACCCUCUUCCUCAGCGUGCUUCCCUUCCGCAGCGCUGUCUGUGUGGUAGACUGCUUCUUCUUUCACGGCAUCAAAGCCAUCUUCCAGCUGGGGCUAGCUGUGCUGGAUGCUAACGCUACGGCACUGUGUGCUAGUGCAGACGACGGCCAGGCACUCAUGAUCCUCACUGGUUUUCUGGACCAGGUGAAGUACGAUGAGGAUCCAUCUCCCCCUACCCCUCUCUCGUCUCAGAGUGGGGAGGAGGGCAGGCCGCCUGUAAAACAACACACCCUGAUCACUGACCUCAUCGCUGACUCCUAUGAGAAAUUUGGAGACCUGACGGUGAGACAAAUAGAGAAGUUGCGAUGCAGACACCGGAUCCAGGUUCUCCAAGCACACGAGGACACCACCAAGGAGAAUGCGCUCAGGGUGGUGACCCCAGAUGUCUCUCUCUCCCCUGAAAGCCUGGCUGAUGUCUACGACCUCUUCAAGACAGAGCACUUCAUCAACCUGUACUGGGGCGAUGGGGGCACCACAUUGGCCCUCCAGCACCAUGACCCAGGCCGGCCCUAUGUGGAGCAGUACAGAGUGGACCGGGUCCAGUUUAAGAGCCUGUACAUGCUGCUGGUUCCCUGGCUUUGUGGCUUCCAUACUGACACCGUGGCCCACCGGACCUUCACACUACUGGACCAGGACAGAGACUCACUCAUCACCUUCAGAGAGUUCGCUGGGUGGCUGGAUACGCUAUACUGUGAGGAACUGAAUGAAAAGGUCAGACUACUGUAUCGUUUGCACAUACCUCCAGCUCUGACUGAGAGUGAGGAUGACCCAUCUCCACUGAAGAGCCCUCAGCUGUCCACUACCAGACCACUCCAUGUAGAGCUGCCCAAUGGGGAGAUGAGAGACUUUCAGGAACAGUUGAAACAGAUGUUGAAAGACCUGGCUAAAGAGAAGGAGAAGGAUGUGGAGCAACCUGUACCUCCAAUGAACCAGAGGGAGUUCAUCCAGUUCUGUAAGACCCUCUACAGCAUGUUCCAUGGCAGCCCAGACGAGAAUGAGCUCUUUCAGGCCAUCGCUACAGUGACCAGCCUGGUGCUGCAGAUCGGCGAGGUCGGGCACCGCAGCCGCUGCUCGGGGUCAGAGGUCAGCAGCGAGGGUGGGGCCGGAGACGAGGUAGAGGACGAUCACAGGGAGGGGAGUCAAGAAGACCAUCCCGUCUUCAGCACCGAAGAAGAAGCAGGAGAGAGAAAGGAGGGGACCAGCAAGAGUUCAGGGUCUGAGAGUCAGAGCGAGUGGGCGGUCAGCUAUGCUCAGAUCCUGGCUUCUCUCCUCACAGAACAGCAGCUAGUCAACUUCUUUGAGAAACCGAUGGACCUGUCAGCAAAGGUGGCUGAGGCAAAAGUGAAACAGUACCAUGAAAGGGCUGGUCUGCUUAUGCUCCAGCAAGGGACCAGCUGAUUUCAACAUGACCAACAGAACCUCGAUGUGAGAACCACAGUGUGACCCAAUACUGGGCUUCCAAUCUAGUUUCUUAUCUAGCUGUCCAGGCACCUUUGUAAGUGUUGUCUGUCUCCUCCGUCUUAAAAGGAUGAGUGGGUACCAAGAGUCCGUAUGUGCCUAUAUUGAGUCGUUGGUCUGUCGAGCACAAAGGAGAAGUAAUGUAGAUGUGUAGGUCUUCCACUCCUGAUGUAGCCGUGGAUAAAUGUGGCCUCGUCUUUUGGGAUCAACAACUGUCUGAAAGCAGGUUAACCAAAACCAAGACAUGCAUGAUAAUCAAGAGACUACAUGAUGUAUCAGUCAUAAUCAUAUAUACUACUGUGAGAAUGUCCCACACACCAUGCACUACACAUAGCACCAUGAAAAGGGUUCUUUUUUGUUGCUCAGUAUUUAUACACACGUUUUCAUUCUGCUAUGAAAUGGGAACAAACUCAAAUGUGCCCAGUUUUAGUGACAUUUUAUUUGACUUAACAUUGGCUGCCUGGUUGGUGAUACACUUGUUUGCCAUAUUGUCCAAUCAAGUAGAGCAGACAAGUGAUCUUUUUUGCCCAAAUAUUUUCUGCCUGUACGCCUGCAGUGUAUCAUUUUGGCAAGCUUUUCAUUUUCCUUUUAUAUAUAUAGCCCAAGGAGUCAAGGACUAUUAACUGCCAAAUGUUUGUCAUACAAUAAUGGACAUUGGAAUCUUGCUUUUGUGUGCGACACAUUAAAAAUGUGCAUCUAUAUAUUUUGUCAAAUCACAAUCGCCACGGUUUACAGCAAGUAUAAAAGGUGCAGCGAAAUACUUGUGCUAGCUCCUCAACAAUGCAGUACAUUAAUUUGUGUUUGUCCUGUAUUGAUUGAAUGCAUUUUGUUCUUUAAGAAGUCUUAUUUUAGGUGUUCUAAAACUGUUUGAGCCUUAUUAUUCUACCAAGCAUAUUUCUUCAUUCAAGCCUUAAAUGUAAGUGACCAGUAUUAUGUUAUAGACUAAAGUCCUACACACUUUCUUAAAAUCAGUUGAUACUAAACAAACUAAACUGCUGUGCCUCAGAUUUAGUUGAAUAAGUCUUCUAUAUAGAGAACUUGAUUUUUCCAUUUCAAAUCAGUGGUGGUGUUAAAUUGAGGUUUUGGUUAUUCCAGAACCAGUCUGAUGCCUUCUAAUUGACUACAGAUGCACCUUGAUGUUAUUCGUAGUGCACACUCACAAGUUCACUUGACGUGCAUUAUCACAAAUCAGGCCAUUUAUCACUUCUUUAACGUGUCUGCUGCAAAAUAUCGGACAUGGUUUGUUUGUAAAUCAUUAAAAACAAUGUUGCAUCCUUGUCUUAUUCAAUAUAUUGCAUAGACCAGUGGUUCCCAAACUUUUUAUAGUCCUUUACCCCUUCAAACAUUCACUGAGGUAAAGUUGCUUUUAUAUUCACACAUUCGGCCAUUCAACAGACAUUCACCAAACUAGGUAUGAUUUAUUCUAUAAAUGUCUGGCAUACUUUUACAACCUUUGUUUUGAGGAAAGAUUCCAGUUUUGAUUUUAUGGAAAAACAUAACAUCUAUAAAAUGCCAUUUAAACCUAUAUAAAUCAAUAAUGUUUUCACUGAUUAUGACAGAAUCAUCAAACUAUGUAUGAUUUAUUCUAUAAAUGUCUAGCUUACUUUUACAACCUUUGUUUUGAGUAGAAAUUCCAGUUUUGACAUGUAAGAAAUACAUAACAUCUAUAAAAUGCCAUUUAAAGCUAUAGUUGAAGUCGGAAGUUUACAUACACUUAGGUUGGAGUCAUUAAAACUAUUUUUUCUACCACUCCACAAAUUUCUUGUUAAC